CUUGCGAACGUCUGCACAUGAUGGAGAGUACAUGGGCCUGUGGGGGUCACCCACAAUGGAACUUUAACUGCAAGAAACGGGGUUCACGAGAACCUCGGGAUCCCUUGGUUGGGGGAACGAGUCGUCUUGCAGCGUGAUUAGGUUUCAGUUAGGAUCGCUUGCUCUGCUGCAUCUCUUCUCGCUUUGUCAGGGAGAAUAUCCCUAACCCUUAUGGUUGUUUGUAGUUAAAAUGCACCGUUGAUUAGUCUAAAUGUUAUUGUAAGAGAUCACCAGUUAUCGACAUGCAGACGACGCGCCUGAUCCUGAAUGAGGACUAGUUUGGAGAGCUCACAUUACGUGUUCGCCGAGGCGCUUGCGAUGAGAGACGGCUUUUCUCAAGUCAUGUGGCUGUGUCAUUCGCAUGUAUUUUGUGCAAAAUGGUGUAGAAAUGGCAUAUUUGAAUGCUUAGGAAGACUGGCACCUGUUUGAUUCUGCCUUAUUUUGAUACCUCCUUCCUUCUUUACGAAACAUUGUUAAGAUCUACGGGCUUGAUAAAAUUCUGCGGUGAAUCGUGGUUUUUUUUCUUGGAAUGGUCUUGAAUUCUACUUGAUUUCAACAUUCUCUUUGAAGCUUAGCAGCUUCGUUUACAAAUGAAUACCAUUUAGGAGGCCGUGGCUUCUAUCGUGUGCAUGCCAGACAUGAGACCUUUAUAUGAGUGACGCUUUCUCGUUCUUGCUCCGAUUCCAGUUUUCCCUUCACAGAUUUUGUAUGUAGAACUUCCGUGACAGUAUGAUUACCUUGGAGAUUAGUUUCCAAUGUUGAGCGGAUUGGCACAGUUGUAUCUAAGAGAAUGGGGUUGCUUUGCCAAGAAUUUCCUCUCUGGAAUUUAUCAACUCGACAUGUCAAUCGUUGAAUGGUAAAGUGCGGAAUUCCAAGUGUCACUCCUUUGCGAAUAAGAACGAGCUCUGAGUUUGAAAACUUUCUGUUCACUAGAGAUUUGAUUAUAGAAUGGAGGAAAUGGAAAACCAGUACGAUGUUUUUCAGGAGUAAUACGUGAAGAUGAAAAGCAUGGUGGGAAGGAGCAAGAUUGAGGCCGCAUGUGGAGGCGAGCACGAUAAAGUGUUUGUGCCGCGUUAUGAAAGUCACACCCGACGUUUGCCUGCUAGUAAGCUGCAUCAAACAAGAUCUACAAUUGCACCAAGUAUAUGCAGUCAUUCACAUACUCGCUCAAUUCCUAGAGAGAGGGCCCAUGAGAAAAGCAGAGCAACCUUCCUGCCGACCUUGCCACAUUCGGGCCUUGAAGGGACGUGGGACAAAUCACAAGUGCACCAAUCAUGGCUGGCUCCAUCUGUUAAUGGUUCCUACGCUCCGGUUAUAGAUGAUUACCAGCACCCAUGGAUGAAGAUGCGCAAUAAAGUUUCGGAUUUCCAAGUUGCUUUGCGAGCUUAUGAGAAGGCGAGAGAGGAUGGCGAUAAGGAAACCCAGGCUUUGCGUGUUUACUUGGCAAGUGUGGAAACUGCUGCUGCUGGGCUUGUCUCUAGGGUUCAGGACCUUGAGAAUCUAUUGGCCUUGUCAACAGCAUUUCGGCUGGGGCAUGACGCUGAGCAGUUAAGGGGGAGGGCGACCACCGAGGCUCUCAAGGAGGCGCAAAAGCAAACUAUAAUAGCGGCACAGGCCAUAGCAACUGCUCGGGAAGCAACGAUGGAACUUGACAAGUUGAAGCGGGAGACCAAUGCUUUGUCAAUGGCUCAAGUAGCUGAAAUUGAACACCUGAACAAAGAGGCAGCGGAGUGUCGAAUGCUCUAUGAGGCUCGGGAUAAUCAGAUUCAAGAAUUUCAUGAACAAUUUGCAAAAAUUCAGCAAAGGCAACUGGAACAGCAAAGUGCUACGAUAGAGAGCUCUCAGAGGUCGUUUCAGAUGGAGACUAUAGCCUCACAGAAGAGGUACGAAGAGGCGAAGUUUGCAUUUAUAGAAAAAGCAGGGCAGUGCGACGAACUGAUCCAGGCCCUUGAGUUAAGUACUGCAGUUGGAAAGGCAGCGGAAUUUAAAUUGCAAGAGUUGAUUGCUGAGAAGAAGGAAAUUACCCAGAAAAACGAGCUUUUAGAGCAGAAGGUGAAGGAAUUACAGAUCCAAGAUUAUGGAGCAUUCGUAGUUGGUCAGUAUGACCAGGAGCUUCGUAAGGUCCGCACUGCAUUAGGAGAUGAAAAGGCGCAGCUUCUGGAUGACUUGCAGGCUCAGCUCCGUCGCAGCAACGAGAGCCUCACAAAAGACAUUAAACAAGAUUGGCUUAACAAGCAUAGAAUUCUUAGAUUCUGGGCAUCAGACGAACAACAAGACCUGCGACAACAGUCCCCAAAUGCGUCUCCGAGUCCAAAAGUGGUAUCUAAAAGUCUUCCGAGCCCUUCAAGAGGAUGCAAUUACUUUCAUGACGUAGAAGAAGGAAGGUUGAGCAUUGAAUCAAGCGCAUCAGCAUCUGGUUCAUGGCACACUGAAGGAUCAGGGACGAAGGACUGCAACCAGGAUGAUGCUAUGAGGUCACAUAGCUCAAGUGUUUGUUGCGGCAAAGAAAUCAUGCCACGAUCUCUACAUGAAUCAGAUACCAAUCAUGGAAAGUGCUGCGGUACAAGAUCGCAGAGCUUAGGUCUCAGUGAAGGCUUAGAAAGCUCGGGAGCCGACGCUGGACUAGCAGCGCUGACUUCGAAAGAUUUUAAUCUUUUGGCUGCUGCACAACAGGAAAUAAUGAAGCUGAAGGAGUUGUUCGUGACUCCUUCCUGCGGCUGGUCAAUGGAAGAUAAAUGAGCAGCUGGUGGCUGCAUGUCAAUGAAGGAGUCAUGGAAAAUUCAAGACAUGAAGCUGGGGGUCUUGAAGAUUCCUUGUAGACAAACAAACCUGUGAGUUUUUCUAUACAACUACGUAAGACCUUCUACUCUUACACCCACACUCUCUCAAUUUGUGAAGAUCAUGAUCAGUCCGUUGUAACCCACAUCACGAACUGAUUUCAUGUCACUAUUUGUGCAGCAAAACUUGCAAUGAAGCACCAUGCAGGAAGUAUACAUUGCAUUAGAGACUUUAGAAUAUUCCGUAUAUUUAACAAGUUCAUCGACCUGGAUGCUCAAUCUUCCAAGAAAAAACUCCAUAUUGGAAUGAUUCUCCUGACCGUGUUGAGUAAAGCAGGGUUUUUGCUUAGGUGAAUGACAAGAUGCAGGCUUGAUGGGGAUGUGUCUGUAGCAAAAGUUGCAGAAAUAGGAGGUUGGCUAGCACCAGCUCAUUGCUACUGGCAGAUGUACUGUUAGACUCAUUGGGUUGCCAUUUGAAAACAACCCCUCUUUCCAGCUUCUUUUCCAGUUUAAAUCAGUGGUGCUGGUUUCAGGAAUAUUGAUGGAUAGUAUGAGUUGAUGUAGGGGAUUCUUCCAAAGCUGAUAAAAACAAGUAGAACAAGUGACCAUGAGCAUCAAGAAGGUUUCUUUCUGUUGUGACAAGCUGUAUGCUUUCUACAAGUUUUAAAGCUAACUUUAAAAACUGAGUGAGGAGCAUAGAGCAGCCCUCCAACCAAGAAAGUGUUUGUAGCAAAAUAUUUCUUGCAUUUGACAGAGGAUUGAAGUUGUUUAAUAAUAAUGCAAAGAAUAUCAUUGCAAGGUUAAGAAGCA